UGCACCACACGGAUAUUUUUGAAUAAAUUUCAGUCCAGAUCGUAAUCAUCAGUCCAGAUUGGAUAGCCAUCAUAACAAUAUUUCAAACUAUUAGUGUAUUAUUGAUUUCUGUGCAGCCAUUUUACGAAAAUAUGACAUUUAAAUAAAGUAAUUGAUCUACAAAUUAUAGUCCAAUUAUCAAGACCUCAACAAAGAGACAAUAAACGACUGAUGUAAUUAUAGUGUUUUUUGCAUAAAAUAGAUCUCUGAUAAAUAAGCCGUGACGUCGAGAAUUAAUGAUGACAUAUUGCAAACUUAUAAAAAAUAUAUUCAUAAAUAACAAAGAAACAUAGAAAAUCUUUUUGAAACAAAAAGCUUUAUAAAUACAUCUCUAUGCAAUUUAAUUCUACACAUCUGUCACUCAAAAUCAGUUCCGGAGUAAAAUGUGACUGUGUAUUUGUUACAAAAUGUAUAAGAACAUACAAAAAGUUCAGAGAAUAGGGAUUUCUUAACAAUACUUGCACCCGAUGUCUUGUUUAGGAAACAAAUAUUGUACGUAAUAAUAGCGAAACGAUCUAUGAGCCCACCGUGUCAAGACACCAAACAAAACGCAUCCAUAAAUUAUCGUGGACGUGUGCAUUCACUCGUCUUUCAAGGAAUUAAUUACGUAAAUUUAAGCUAUUGCUUAGUAACAGGAGCAGCCAGUGACGAAGUUUUUUAUUUUGUUUUGUAUAAUAAACUGAAAAAGACUGUUUUGUUUAUAUGUUUCAGAUUUUUCAAAUUGUUCACAUUCUUUUACGAUAUUCAAACCAGUCCAAACUUAUAAAUUGUACUACGAGUAUAUUUAUGUAUAUAAAUAGUCAAUAAUCAAAAUUUUAUAUUCAAAUCCGGAUCUUCUUUUUCCCUACCUAUUUGCUGGUAGCCUAUGAAGCUAUUUCAGCUACACCCGGAGGGGUAGGUGAGCUCACGGGCUUAACCUGAGAGAAUUUGCUAACACUAGCAAGAGCAGUGCUUCGUAAAAUCUACCACUAGAUCGGAAUCGCGACCCAUUGAGAAGAUUCUUCGAGAAACUCAGUGGGCUGUGUCUAUGGGUGAACAAGAACAGGCGUGAUAUCUUAUAUUACAUUGCUGGAUAUUAAUCAACUAAAAACUACUUGCUUCGUGAUCAUGAAGGAAAUCAAAGAAGACAAUUGGGAUCCUGGCCUAGGCGGUGACAAAAACAAAUAUAAAGUCAGCGGUUUCUCUGAUGGCGAUUAUCAAAAAAGAAAGCAAUCUGAUAGUUCCGAAAAAAACGCCAAAGAUGAUGUGCCGAGCAUUUCAUUUUUUACGCUGUUUCGUUUCGCCACUACAACAGAUGUUUUGUAUAUUAUCAUAGCCCUGGUAUCAUCGGCUGUGGCAGCCUGUUCCACGCCAUUGAAUACCUUGCUAUUAGCUGACUUACUGCAAAGCAUGGUGGAUUUUGGCAUCUCCGUAGUUCAAGAGAAUCCAAAUGGAGACGCAUUUUUGGAAUCACUUUUCUACUUCGCCGUGUAUAAUUCUAUCAUAGGCAUACUGUUGGUCAUUUUCACUUAUAUCGCAACGGUACUAAUGAAUAUCGCAGCAUAUAAUCAGGUAUAUAAAAUAAGACAAGAAUAUCUCAAAGCAGCUUUGAACCAGGAUUUCGAGUAUUUUGAUAUCCAUAAAACUGGGGAUAUAGCUACCAAGAUAAACAGCGAUAUACUGAAAUUAGAAGAUGGCAUUGGUGAAAAGCUGGCCACUUUCAUAUUUUACCAGUGCUCAUUUAUCAGUUCAAUUAUCAUGGCGCUUAUAAAAGGCUGGAAGCUGGCCCUCCUUUGUCUGAUAUCAUUUCCGGUUACAAUGACACUUGUUGGAGUAGCUGGACUGGUGGCUUCAAGGCUAUCAAAGAAAGAAGCAAUAGCGUCCGGUAAGGCCGGAGCGAUCGCCGAAGAAGUGUUAUCGUCUAUUAGAACAGUGUACGCGUUUACGGGCAUGCAAAAGGAAAUCGAACGAUAUGAAAAAUACCUUAUAGAGGCGAGAAAGAUCAAUAUUCAGAAAGGUCUUUUCAACGGUCUCGCUAUGGGCUUCCUUUUCUUUUGUAUAUUCUGUGCGUACGCAUUAUCCUUCUGGUUCGGCUACAGACUUAUGGUUGACGAACCAGAGAAUUAUGAUGUAUCAACAAUGAUCGCAGUUUUCUUUGGUGUAAUGACCGGAUCCGCUAAUUUCGGUGUAUCAUCAACUCUAAUGGAAGUGUUCGGUAGAGCCCGCGGUGCGGGUGCCCAAAUCUUUAAUUUAAUUGAUAAUGUACCAAUAAUUAACCCAUUGCGGAAUCUCGGAGUCACGCCGCCAUCCAUUGAUGGCAACAUUGAGCUAAAAGAUGUUGUAUUUCAUUAUCCUUCUAGACCUGAUGUACCAGUACUCAAAGGCGUAAACCUAAGGGUGAAAAGAGGGCAAUCUGUCGCGCUUGUUGGACAUUCGGGAUGUGGAAAGUCAACGAUCAUACAACUCAUAUCUAGAUAUUAUGAUGUUAUAGACGGAAAUGUGUGCAUUGAUGGCAAUGAUGUUCGUCAACUGUCUGUUCGAUGGCUUCGGUCUCAGAUUGGUCUGGUCGGUCAAGAGCCUGCGCUUUUUAACAUGACAGUUCGCCAAAACAUUCGCUUUGGUCGUGAGGAAGCUACAGAUCAAGACAUCGAAGCAGCAGCAAAGCAGGCAAAUGCUCACGAAUUCAUCAUGAAACUUCCCAAUGGUUACGAUACGCUGGUUGGUGAAAGAGGUGCUUCGAUAUCUGGUGGACAAAAGCAAAGGAUUGCUAUAGCUCGAGCUUUAGUCAGAAAUCCUCCUAUUCUCCUCCUAGACGAAGCGACGAGCGCUCUAGAUACGUCAUCUGAAGCCAAAGUACAAAAGGCUUUAGAUAAAGCCCAAGAAGGUCGCACAACAAUUGUAGUGGCACACAGACUUUCAACUAUCAGAAAUGUUGAUGUUAUUUACGUUUUCAAAGAGGGCUCUGUAAUUGAGACUGGUAACCACGAUGAACUGAUGAAGUUAAAAGGACAUUACUACGAUAUGGUUAUGCUGCAAACGUUCCCUGGAAGUGAGGAGGACGACGACAAUAACGGAGACAACGAAAGUCGGCUGUCUCGAAAAAUAUCUAAUAUGAAUAUAAACGAUGAUGACGACAUUAUAGAUAUAAAAAAUUAUGGUGUUGAGGAACACAGUGACGUUCCAACUGAUGUGUCAUUCUGGAGAGUAGUCCGCUUAAAUUCGCCAGAAUGGAAAUCCGUUUCUCUAGCCAGUUUUUGCGCUUUUCUUAGUGGAUUUGCCAUGCCUCUCAUCGCAGUAAUCUUUGGUGAUUUUAUUGGGAUACUUUCAAAUCCAGACGAAGAAAAAGUUUUAGCAGAAGUACAACGUUUCGCGUUGAUAUUCGUUGGCAUAGGCUUAUAUUCUGGCGUUGCUAAUUUCACCAUGGUAUUUUUGUACGCCAUUGCUGGGGAACAUCUAACGGAACGUUUGAGAAAGAUGAUGUUUGAAAAACUCCUUCAACAAGAAGUCGCAUUUUAUGACGACAAGAACAACACAACUGGAGCACUGUGCGCUAGAUUGUCGGGUGAAGCAGCUGCUGUACAAGGGGCCACAGGGCAGCGUAUCGGUACUGUAUUGCAAGCAAUCGGGACAUUUGGUUUUGCUCUGGUACUUUCCUUAGUGUACGAAUGGCGAGUGGGUCUAGUUGCUUUAACAUUUAUUCCAAUAUUGGUUUUUGUACUGUAUAAAGAAGUAAGGAUGGCCUACGCUGAAUCCUUCGGAACUGCGAAGACAAUGGAAGCUAGCUCAAAGACUGCGGUAGAGGCAGUGGCUAAUGUACGAACAGUAGCCUCGUUGGGUGGAGAAACGAAAAUCUUACAAGACUAUAUAAUACAGUUAUUGCCAGCACUUUUGUCAGCAAAGCGUGCUUCGCAUUGGCGUGGUGUUGUCUUUGGACUUUCAAGAUCUUUAUUUAACUUCGUUAUUGCUGCAUCUCUGUACUACGGUGGUACUCUUAUAGUGUAUGAAAAAAUCGAAUAUGAAGUUGUAUUUAAGUCAGCCCAAGCUCUUCUCUUAGGUGCUUCAUCUGCAGCACAGGCUUUCGCUUUUGCGCCCAAUUUCCAAAAGGGAAUCAAGGCAGCAGGACGGGUUGUUUCAUUGCUAAACAGAGAGUCUAAAAUUACCGAUCCCCACGAACCAGUAACCAAGGACUUCUGUGGAUCAGGUGAAGCGAGCAUUCAAGCAGUUCAGUUUAAAUACCCGAAUCGUCCAGCCAUACAGGUGCUUAAGAAUUUCAAUCUGGAAAUUGAGAAGGGAAAAACAUUUGCACUCGUCGGCAGUAGUGGCUGUGGUAAAAGUACUGUCAUUCAACUUCUUCAAAGGUUCUAUGAUCCUGACGACGGCAUUGUGGCUCAAGAUGGUAUUCCUCUACCGAAGCUUACACUUGCAAACGCAAGACAAUCAAUAGGAUUCGUACAACAAGAACCAGUUCUGUUUGAUAGAACUAUCGGGGAGAACAUAGCAUAUGGAAAUAAUGCAAAGAAAGUCAACAUGGAUGACAUUAUCGAGGCUGCAAAGCAAGCUAAUAUACAUAACUUCAUUACUUCGCUGCCUUUGGGUUACGAGACGAACAUCGGUACUAAAGGCACUCAACUGUCUGGUGGACAGAAGCAAAGAAUAGCUAUAGCCAGAGCUUUGAUAAGACGACCGAAAAUGCUGUUGCUUGAUGAAGCGACUAGCGCAUUGGAUACAGAGAGCGAGAAGGUUGUCCAGGAAGCGUUGGACGCUGCUAAAGCUGGUCGAACUUGCGUGAUGAUUGCCCACAGACUAAGCACCGUGCGUGAUGCGGACAGCAUUUGUGUUGUAAGCGACGGGAGAAUAGCCGAGAAGGGCAAACACCACGAACUAUUAGAACUUAAGGGCUUAUACUAUAACUUAAAUAGACGUGCGCAUUCAUAGAAAUCGCAGUGAUCAAUACUUAUCAUAGUACUCAUAAAAAAAUAUAAAAAAUAUGACCAAAGAGUUUUUUUGUUUUUUUUGCGAAAGCGGUUAUGUCGUUCUAUUUUAGUAAUGUAAUUUUUAUAUCAUUUAUAAUUUUAUCUACACAAAUGUUUGACGCUCGUGAUGGGGAGUUUAAUUUGGAAAAUGUGAAAGGUCAAUUAUGUAUUCCUGUGAAUUUAUUUACAAUCCUUUUUUUUGUUUGAGAAACCUUCCUGCCACUGUACUUUGCUUGAAAAAUGAAGAACUUGUACCUAUUUGUAGUAUCCUCUAUUGAUUUGACAGAAGAUAAUCUACUAUCUGAUGAUUAUAUAAAUUUGUCCCACAUAACUAUUGAAUCACCAAUCUAGGUAAUUCUUGUGUUUGAAAUUGUCUUAAUUUGUUAUAAUGUAAUAUUAUAUUCAAUAUGUAUUUGUUUAUUAUUAGUAUUUUAUUUGAUACCCAAUUGUUUUUUAUUUACGUAAUUUAUUUAAGAAUAAAAUAUAGACGUAAA